GCGCGGUGUUCUGGCUUCCACAUUGAAGAACAACUUGCUUUGAAAUUACUACUUUUUUCUGAGAAUCUUUUCUAAAAUUCUUUUCUGUGUUCCCUUCAGUUUUUCUUUCUUUGUUCGAGUGGGCGUGUGUCUAUACUAUUUCUCUGUGCUUUGUUUACUUGUGUGGGUUUUGUAGGGAUUUAUCUCUGGAUUUCACAGCUGGGAAUUUUUUCGAUCAGUUGAGGACUUGAGAAUUAAACGAGAAAGGAGUGCAGAUUUUCAUCAGACUGGAUGGUGCGUGAAAAAUGGCUUGGAAGCCUGUUUUUCCUCUUAGUUGGCAUGUUUGCCAACGCAUUGGGUGCAUUUGUUGGGAUAAACAUUGGAACUGAUGUUUCCACCCUUCCAUCAGAAAUAGAUAUUGUUGCAAUUCUAAAAGCCCAUCAAUUCACACAUGUACGCCUUUAUGAUGCCAAUACUCGCUUGCUGAAAGCCCUUGCUGGGAGUGGAAUAGAAGUAAUGGUGGGUGUCGCGAAUGAGGAAGUUCUUGGUAUCGGAGAGUCUCCAUCAGUAGCCGCUGCAUGGGUUAACAAGAAUGUUGCAGCUUACGUGCCCACAACUAAUAUCACUACCAUUGCUGUAGGUAGCGAGGUUCUCACCUCAAUUCCCAAUGCUGCUUCGGUCUUGGUUUCUGCCAUGAAUUACCUUCACAAAGCACUAGUCGCUGCAAAUCUAAAUUUUCAGGUCAAAGUCUCAACUCCACAAUCUAUGGACAUCAUCCCUAGGUCUUUCCCCCCCUCCACUGCCAACUUCAAUUCUUCGUGGAACUCCACAAUCUACCAACUCCUCCAGUUUUUGAAAAACACGAAUUCCUAUUACAUGUUAAACGCCUAUCCGUAUUAUGGGUACACCCGAGGGAACGGUAUUUUCCCGAUUGAUUAUGCUCUUUUCAAACCACUUCCCUCGGUCAAGCAGAUUGUUGACCCGAACACUCUUUUCCACUACAACAGCAUGUUUGAUGCGAUGGUGGAUGCUACCUAUUACGCUAUUGAGGCCUCAAACUUCACUGGGAUCCCUAUUGUUGUCACUGAAGCUGGUUGGCCUUGGCUUGGUGGAGCUAAGGAACCUGAUGCUACUGUAGAAAACGCAGAGACCUUCAAUAAUAACUUGAUCCGGCGAGUUCUAAACAAUUCAGGUCCGCCAAGUCAGCCAAAUUUUCCCAUAAACACAUAUAUCUAUGAGUUGUUUAACGAAGACAAGAGGUCAGGACCUGUGUCGGAAAAGAAUUGGGGUGUGCUCUUUACGAAUGGCAGCACUGUUUAUCCAUUGAAUUUGGGCACUUCUGGUCGAGCUACUGGAAAUUCUUCGGCUGUUUUUUGUGUGGCAAAGUCUGAUGCGGAUCCUGACAAGUUGCAAGAGGGUUUAAACUGGGCGUGUGGACAAGGCCAAGCUAACUGCAGUGCCAUACAACCCGGGCAGCCAUGUUAUCUCCCUGAUAGUCUUGUGAAUCACGCUUCAUAUGCAUAUAACAACUAUUAUCAAAGAAUGCGGAGUGUUGGUGGAACAUGUGAUUUUGAUGGCACAGCUACUCAGACCGAUACUGAUCCAAGUUCUGGAUCUUGUGUUUUUGCAGGAAGCUCUAAUUCGAGUGGCCGCGGACUUGUCUCUCCCUCCUCACUUUCGCCCGAGGUCUCUCCGGGAUCGUCGUCUUCAAACCUUAAAAUUUUGAGGCUUCAGCUAUUAAUACCGGCGACCUUUCUUGCUUUGGUUUUUGUUUGAGUCGAGGGAUUCCAACUUAUAUGUGCUAAUAUUGUGCCAGCUGAAGCAAGCAUAUUUUGAGAUUGCAGAGCAAUGGAAUAUUCUUUUUGGUCAAUGUUGGUUGUGUUUCUAGUAGUUUUAGUGCAGGCAUUCUCUUGAAGUAGCACUUAGAACCUUGAUUUUUCCUCCUUUCUAUUUUUUGUUUUUGGGAAAAAAACAAAUGAACACCUUGAUUUUGUACCUUAAUCAAUUGAUUUUGCAAAUGUGCUUUAUUUGUUUCCAA